AUGACAGCAAUAUUCUACCAAUGGCAUACUGCGACACGUGUGGAUCGGUACAUGCUCCAAUAUUUCGACGAGCACGCUGAACAGGAUGGAGUUGAUGCCUCAAGCCGUGGGAACAAGAUGCCCGGAAACGAUUCAAGCGGGACUUGGAAUGGUAGUCAGGUCUCAACAUGGUCGUUCCUAGAAGCGAUACUUCAAUAUCCGGAUGUCCAGCAGAAGGCGCGAGCUGAGAUUGAAGCGGUUGUUAGCGAUCGCCUACCUGAGUUUGCCGAUCUGGAGCAUAUUCCAUACCUUCGAUGCAUGAUGAAAGAGGACAUAACUUACAAUGUGCACCGAAUCCCCAAAGGUGCUCGUAUUCACCUAAAUGCAUGGGCUAUUUCCCAUGAUCCGAGAAGGCAUGAAAACCCGGAUUGUUUCUGGCCCGAGCGAUACACCGAUUACCAUACGACCACAAUGCAGAGUGUCAACUCUCCCGAUGUGACCAAACGCGAUCAUUUUGCAUUCGGUGCUGGCCGUCGCAUCUGCCCUGGUUAA